AAUGGAGAAAAGAUGACCACAUCUGUCUCUCUCUCUCUCUCUCUCUCCUCAAUUUAGCUGUUGGAAAGCGCAAUACGUCUCUUUCUGUAUAUUUAUUCCCUUGGACAACUGAAAACGUAGCCGAAGGUGAACCCUUCUCUCUCCUCCCUCUCUCUCUGUGCAACCCAUUAUUUGAAGGCAUGGGGUGGGGCGGAGAAGCCGAGAUUGACCGGCUUCCGGUUGACCUACUCGCUCACAUCUUUUCACUCAUCUCUUGCUUCAAAGAUUUGGCUCAGACCAGCUGCGUGUGUAGGAAAUGGAGACAAGGAGUGAAGGAAUCCUUGGCUCGGAGAGAGAAGUUGAGCUUCGCUGGUUGGAAAAUGGACGAUCAAUCCACCACUCGCCUUGUGGUCCAUGCCUACAGCCUCAAGGAGCUCGACAUUUCAAGGAGCCGUUGGGAUUGCCAAAUAACAGAUAAUGGACUGCACCAAUUAUCAUUGGCAAAAUGUGUUAGCAACCUGUCCUCAAUAUCUUUAUGGGGCAUUACCGGCAUCACCGACAGAGGUGUUGUUGAAUUGAUAUCAAGAGCGACCGCUUUGCAACACCUAAACAUUGGUGGUACAUUUAUAACAGAUGAUUCUUUGUUUGCAAUUGCCGAUAGCUGUCCACAUUUGAAGACUAUUGUUCUGUGGGGCUGCCGUCAUGUAACUGAGUGUGGACUUCUCGUUCUCGUAAAUAAAUGUCACAAACUUGAGUCCAUCAAUGUAUGGGGCAUGAGGGUUCCUCUAGACUGCUUCAGUGGUUUGCUUACAAUUAGCCCAGCUCUUCAGAUACAACCCAAAGGACUGCUGCUCGACGUUGAGGAGGUGGUUUCUGUAUGGCCUGUCUUCUAAGGUGUCUAAAUUAUGGUUGCAAGAAGAAACACUUGGUACAGAUUGUUUGCAUAUGUAUAUUGUAUUCAUUGUGGCCCAAAAAAUAAAAAAAAAAACAGUUUGCUAUGUAUUUAUUAAUAAACAGAGCUGUGUACAGAUUCAGAUUGUUUGCAAAUGUUAAAAUGUACAUUGUGUUCGG